UUUAAAAAUCAUUUUUCGCUGGUCUCGCGUUUAAAUACACUUCUUAUUUAAUUGUUCAGAGAACUUAUUUUUGCGGCUGUUUUGCUUAUGAAGUCUCCCAUUUUGUUUUCACACUUUGUUGAUUUACGGGCGUACGUUUCCGUUUCUGAAUAAAUAUUUCUCGAAUAUAAUUUGGGCUAGCCGUCGCUAUUUAAAAAAUCUCAUGAAUAUUUUUAAGCGAGUGCCUGUGAAAUAAAUAGCCUGAUUUGAAUGAAUCUAUAUUGAAAUAACAAGGAGUAUAAAAAAUUGCAGUUGUUGUUGCAAACUUUAACACAAUCGAGCAAAUUUCGGCUAUUAGACGAAGUUGCGAAGAUAUUCUAAAGUUGCGAUUUUAACGGAAGUUGGAAAAAAAAUGGAAUCAAAUACUCAGACAGCGGAGGUAAAACAAACUCCAGAAUCAAACGCUGUCGUUGAAGUGCCCAGCGAGAAAGUCGAAAUAGAAGACUGCUCGGAUGACAGCGAGCAAAAUGGCGUUACAGCUGUAGUACAGUUGACAGCCAAAAGAUCAAAGGAGGCAGCAGAGGAGACUGAAACCAAAGUAGAGGUUACUGCAGAAAAAGUCGAGGUCGAAAGCGAUGAAGAAGAGGAAGACGAAAGCGACAGCAGCGAUGUGGCGGAAACGUUAGAAAUAAUUAAGAAGCCUAAAUCAGCUGCUGAUGUUGAAGAAAGCAAAAAGCAAUCUUCGAUUCCAAAUUACAAUCAAAACGAUAACUCAAUAGGAAUAAUAGUAACCACAACGCCGCCCACGCCGACAACUACGACUCCAACUGUGGCCGAAGUGACAGAGCAGCAGCAAGAGAAGGGCAUGAAAGAAAGUCGGGUGAUUGAGGUAGACGCCGAACAAAAAGAAAUAGCUGAGAAAGGUAAAGGUGGCGGCGUGGUAGCACAAGUGACAAAUGAAAUCAAAAAGGAACAAGUAACCGUCGAUAGUGAUGAAGCAGAAAUUAAACCACAACAAAGCGAAAAUGCAGUGGAACUGGCAGCACUGCAAGCGGAAAUAUCGACAACUCAGGUGGAAACGACGCAGACGCCAAUCAAGGCAGCGGAACCUAAACAGCAGCCACAGGCUCAGCUAGAGGUAAAUUCGAAUGACACCAUUAAGGAUAUCAAAUCCGAUAUUAGCUCAAACAUAGAACAGGAAAAUAUUGCUACCCUUAAGCGCCAGCAAAAAGAGUUGCUAGAAAAGCAACAAGAAUUGGCUCAACAAAUACGCCAGCAACAACUGAUUGCUCAACAAUUGGCAUGCGAAAACCGUUUGCAUCAACAACAAUUAGAACAACAGAAACAGCAACAACAGUCACAGCAAGAAAUACCAAGAAUACAAACUCCAUACAAACACCAACCAACACUAACACCCUACCAGCCACAAGAAAAUAUUUCGAAAUAUUCGACAAUCGAGGAAACGAAGGACGAACACGGUUUCACACGCAAAACGGAAACUUACGAGUCCAAGGAGUCGUCAAAUGCCACGAAACAUAUUGAUUUGCGUAAGAUCUUCACCCCAGCAUCAGAUACUGAAGAAAUUUUGCCGAGAAAUCGAAAACUCUAUGCCUCGUCAGCCUUUUAUUCGCCAGGCUUGCAUCCUACGGUGGAAGAUCAAGUUGAGCUAGCACGCAGAAUUUCAAAUUCUUUGAGUGACAUAAGCAACCAGAAAUCAAAAGGGCAGUCGAUGUAUGUGAACCGUAAAAAGCGCUCUGUUAAAUGGGUGCAUGAGGGUUCUGGUCAAGAUUCGUCUGUCCAGGAGAAAAAUUAUCAGGAGGAAUUCAAAGAAAACAACCUUGCACUUGGUGAAACAACAUCGACGACACAAAACUCCUCAACACCAAUUCAAGUGCCACUUCGAUUGUUAAUGAACCCACGUGGCAAAGUUCGUGACAUCACCUCAGUGGGUGAUUCGUUUAACAUCGAAGCUAGCCUUUUGUCGCCCGACAAGUGUGCAGAACUCGUCACAGCCCUACAAACUCAAAAAGGCAAAGGUGCUGAGCUUUUUGCCAAACGCCGCAGGAAAUCUGAGAAAUGGGUGGUUGAUGAAACUAACACAGGCACUCAAAGCCCAUCCGGUCUUCCAGAUUAUCAUCAACACCAGCAAGUGAAACCGCCUACAUCGCCGAGCAUUUUGCCUGCUUACUCCGAUGCCGGAAAGCAUCGUGUUCAAUUGAAUUUGCACCAGGAGCAGGUGCUAGAAAAAUACGUCAAGCCUGGCUUGAAAGUGAUCAAGACACCCUGGGAGGCAGCACUCGAAACCGGUUCGGCCAGCUCGGCUUUUGUCGAGGAUGUGAAGCUAACACCACAUCACACACCGACACCAACAUUGUCCCCAAAACCGGCACCGCAAUAUCAGUUCGCUGGCAGUACCGUUCCCGAUGCAGUAUCAUACAAUGACGGCUAUACCACUGAUUACAACAUAACACCAUCUCAUAAAUUACAUGAGGCGUGCUUCCCAACAUGUAAGCCAAACUUCAGCAGUAAUCCUCAACGGGACUUAGCGUACAAGCCGAGCUUGCCGCAGGGAUGGAAAGCACCAAGUGUCACAUUACCAAAAGAGUUAUAUCUGCCGAAGGAGAUUUCUUUGGAGAGCUAUGCCCCACCACCCGUGGUGAACAUAAAGCAGCCUGAAGCGUAUAACAAGCCAAGUUGGAAAUUCACACCUACACCGUCGCCGGUGCCAUCAAUCAGCUUCCCACUGGCUAAACCCAACAGCGGCGGCGGCGUUGGCUUCCUAAGUUACGGCGCUACACCCCCACCAAAGCAGCAAUAUUAUGAACCCACCAGCUACAGGACAGUGCCGCAAUCUACAACUCCAAAUGUAACCCAAAUCAGUUAUAACCCAUCGCCGCUAUCCUACGAAAAGAUCGCUAAAUUUGAGAAUGUCGCUGAGCAACAGCUAGAAACCAAUGACUGGAACUCUCAACCCCGUCGAUUGGGCAUACAAAGUCAAGGCGCAAAUGUGCGGAACGCUUCACCAGCACAGUUUGGUGAGAGGUCUGGUAGCGCCGGCGAUCACUUGUCGUCUUCGUCAUCGCCCUAUCAAACGCACAAUGUUCCUAGGAAUGACAUCUAUGAGCGGGCGACAACACCCAUUUACACAAAACGCCAGAACAUCAAUAAGCUGUUGCAUGGUCAAAACUACAACAACACGGCUCGCGGCUGGCGGGCAAGCAGCAGUGCCAGUAGUGUCGGAAGCUAUCCAAAGGCAUGCGGCGGUGCCUACAAUACUGGGCUAGGCGCUGGUGGCUAUGGAGGGGGCUACCAGCAGAAGCCAUUGGCGACUGCAAACGAUUUGCCUUACACCGAUUUUUAAAAUUUGAUCAAUUAAAUCGGAAAACGAUCAACCAAAAUCAAAGGAAACUACUUAUAACUUAAAGAGAAAAAACUAUGCAGUGAACCAAUAACGCGUAAUAGAUAUACAUACAAACAUAUAUGUUUAUUUUUUCGAUUAAUAUGCAAAAUUAUAUGUACAUAGAUUAUCACUAUUGAGGUUUACUAAAAUUUACUAAAGUUUCGAUACAACACUACUCAGAUACAUAUGCGUACAUACACACAUUCAUAAACAAAUAUUUACUAACCUACACUAAACCAAAAUGAAACGAAUUUCGAGCUUGUUAGUCUAUUUUAUGUAAGCUUCUUUAAUUGCAUUCGUGAUUUGGUGGAUUACGAUAGGAAUGAUUCUUAUGUGCAAAGUUCUGUAAGACUGGCUCCUUCAAAUGUCGAACAAAAUUUUCUUCAACGCAGAUAAAUAAAUAAUGACACACACAA